AUGGCCAAGGUUCUCGGUAUAGAUUUGGGUACUACCAACUCGGUAGCGGCGGUUAUCGAGGCCGGGGAGCCCACGGUGGUGGAAAACGCCGAGGGGGCCCGCCUUACGCCGUCCGUGGUGGCGGUAAAUCCUCGCAGCGAUGAGAGAUACAUCGGCCAGGUUGCCAAGCGGCAGUCGGUCACCAAUCCGGAGAAUACAGUCUUCUCCGUAAAGCGGCUUAUGGGCCGGAAAUACGCCGACAAGGAAGUUCAAGGCGCCUUGGGCAAGCUGCCCUACAAGGUGGUGCAGGCAUCCAACGGAGAUGCCCACGUGGAAAUGUCGGGGCAGGCCUACGCGCCACCCCAGAUUUCAUCCUUUGUCUUGCAGAAGAUCCGGCAGGACGCUGAAGCCAAACUGGGCGAAAAGAUCACCCAGGCGGUUAUCACGGUACCGGCUUAUUUCAACGACGCCCAGCGCCAGGCUACCAAGGACGCGGGCACCAUCGCUGGCCUUGACGUACUGCGAAUUAUCAACGAGCCCACCGCCUCGUCAUUGGCGUACGGCCUGGACAAGACUAAAGAAGAGGCCACCAUAGCCGUGUUCGACCUGGGCGGCGGUACCUUUGACAUAACAAUCCUCGAGAUGGGCGAAGGUGUAUUUGAGGUCAAGUCCACUAACGGCGACACCUACCUGGGCGGCGACGACUUCGACCAAAAGAUACUUGAAUGGCUGAUUCAGGAGUUCCGGCAGGAGACAGGCAUCGACCUGGGCGGCGACCGCAUGGCGCUGCAACGUCUGCGGGAUGCGGCGGAACGGGCCAAGAUCGAGCUUUCCAGUACCCUGGAAACGGAAAUCAACCUGCCCUUCAUUACCGCUGAUGCCAGCGGUCCCCAGCACCUGGUCAAGACCCUCAGCCGUGCCCGCAUGGAGCAACUGGUAGGCAGCCUGAUUGACCAGACAGCUACCCCGUGCCGGCAGGCCAUAACCGAUUCAGGCCUGUCCGCCAGUGAGAUAGACGAGGUGAUCCUGGUGGGCGGAAUGACCCGUAUGCCGGCUGUCCAGGAAAAGGUCAAAGCUAUUUUCGGCAAGGAAGCCAGCCGGUCGGUGAACCCGGAUGAGGCCGUUGCCCUGGGCGCUGCCAUUCAGGCCGGCGUGCUCGGUGGCGAGGUGGGGGACAUUGUUCUGCUGGACGUUACCCCCCUGACCCUGGGGCUGGAGACCCUGGGCAGCGUAAUGACUACGCUGAUUUCCAGGAAUACCACCAUCCCCACCAAGAAGACUGAAACUUUCACCACGGCAGCCGACGGGCAGACCAGCGUGGACAUUCACGUCCUGCAGGGUGAGCGGCCCAUGGCCCCGGACAACAAGUCCAUCGGCCGGUUCAUACUCGACGGGCUGCUGCCGGCGCCGCGCGGGGUGCCCCAGGUGGACGUUACCUUUGACAUUGAUGCCAACGGUAUCCUCAGCGUUUCGGCCCAGGACAAGGGCACCGGCAAGGAGCAGCGGAUUGUAAUCCAGCCCAGUUCAGGUAUCUCCAAGGAUGAUAUAGAGCAGAUGGUGGAUGCCGCCAAGGCCCACGAGGAAGAGGACCAGCGGCGUCGCGUCGAGGUAGAAACCAGAAACCAGGCCGACUCCCUGGUUUACAGCACCGAGAAACUCCUGGCGGACAACGCGGACAAGGUACCCCAGGACUUGAAGGAAGAGGUGGAAGGGAAGAUUGCGGUCCUGAAGACGGCCAUUGAAGCAAACAAUGUGGCCGAAAUGCAGACUGCCAUGGCCGACCUGAACAGCUCGAUGCAAAGGCUGGGGCAGGCAGUGUAUGGUCAACAGACCCCCGGCGCCCCUCCUGAAGAUCCGGGAAUGGGCGGCAGCGACAGCGAUGACACCGUAGAGGGCGAGUUCAGGGAAGUCUAA